AACAUGUAACUGAUUCCCGCCAACGAGUCGCGAACGCUCCGGUUCGAGGAAACCCAUAUCGGAAGAUGCGCACAGCUGGUCCAGCGUCAAAGCACCACCCUACGCUCCAGAGCCAGCGAAGCGACAGUUUGCCCAGCGACGUCCAGCGCAACGAAAGCUUCUCGAGCGAGCAUUUCAAGCGAUGGAACCAGUUCAAGCGUCUGUUUCUCGCGUGCGUGCUACGAUGGGCUGUGACGGCGGUGCUGGUUGUUGGCGCGUAUCUUGUGCUGUGGCAGUAUUCGCUGAAGGAGGCCAUGGUGAGCAAGAAGAAGAAGGAGUUCAAUACUCUGAUUAUCGCGAUUUCGAUUGCGCUGGGACUGAAUAUCGCGAGCUCGAUGAAGCACAUGGUGAGAGAGUUGAGGUGGUGGAUGUUGAGCUGGUAUGAGUGGACGCCGAAAGAAGCCGACUGUAUCCUACAGAGCGAAAACUUUAGCAGUCUAUUUCAGCUGGGCUACGUGACACGUCGGCACUUGGUGAGAUUAUAUGUAUUGUUCUGGGUCUUGGUCAAUGUGGCCUCGCAAAUAGCUGUCGCGACUCUUGGACUCACGUAUAACAUCAAUCCGGCAGACAAUAUGACUGUGACAAAGCCCGGAACGGUGGCAGUGCCAGAUAUGAGCCACAUUCAGACGAACAAGGUGCUGUCGUCCAAUUCCCAGGCGAUAAGUGCUCUGCGAUAUACGGCGAACAAGUGCUACAUAUUCUACGAGGCAACGCCGGACGACCUGCCUUAUUACCAAAAUGUUGCCACGAAUCGAUCUAUAUCGACUAAAGGGACGUGCAAAGCGUGGAGAGUACUGGAAGGGGGUGACGGAAAUCAGCACACCAUCAUCAUUGGGGACACGAAUCGAACCGAGUUUACGAUUCCCGCUCUCAAUGGGGCAGAUCAGACGACUUUUAUGGUCAAUCCCGAUCGAGACACUGGGCCGUCGUGGGGACAUGUCCUGGCGUUUGAGGCAUCGGAGACGGAUCCGUGGUUCUACAGCUGUAACAUCACCGUGGGGCCAGUGACCAAUGUCCAGGAUCCGGUACAAGAGGUCGGAACCAACGUCACCUCGCUUGCCGCCUCUGCAAUUGCUCUCCAAGGCUACGGCGCUUCGGCCAUUGGAGUCAGCACAAACAGCACGAGACACUUUCAGUUUCAGAGCUAUCCAGCAGAGUCCUACUAUGGAGCGACUCAAGGGGGGAACACGACUGGUAUGGGCCAGCUGACGGCAGCGUUUGCGGUUGGCGUUGUAGCCAUCACAGCGCAGGUGAACACCAAUGUCAAUGCUCCGGGGAUGCUUCCGUUGAAGGGAAUCAAAGUAGAUAUUAGCCACUGGGUCUUUGUGCACUUGAUAUUGGGCUUGACGGUGGGAUUGCAGCUGCUCCUAGCGGUGAUCGCGGCGGUUGUGGCGACCAGUGUGACGGUGAGAGACCACAGCUGUGUCAGUCUCGCGGCGGCAUUGCAGCCUUUGCUCUCGAAGCUGGAUUACAGGAUGAAUUGCGAGAAGAGGAUCUUUGAGAGGCUUGGUGACAGGGUGAGAGUGAGUUAUGUAAAGGGGAGAGGGGGGAUAUACUAUAUCAAAGUGACUGACUAG